AUGGGUGAUAAGAAAGACACUAAGAGUGAUGCCAUGGCUCUAGAUCUUCCAGGGUUAAGUGCUCAAUUGACAGUCACUGGUAGUGAUACGGUGGGAUAUAUUGAUGGAAAAAAGACUGCUCCACGAGCAGAUGGUGAUGCCUAUUCCAUGUGGGAGGAAGAAAACCGGUUGGUCCAGUAUUGGCUUCAAGUCUGUGAGUGUGCAUAA